AUGUCUCAACCGUAUCUGCAUCCGGUGUCCCAGUCUGUCGCGUUGUUUGAGCAAUUCAUUGCAACGGGGCCACAGGUCCUAGUCUUGAAGGAGAAGGUGCUCUCUCUUUCUGGAGAUAGUUUCGAUAUCAGGCUUGGGGAUGGAGUGCCAAUUCUGAAAGUUACUGGUACUUUGUUGUCAGUUUCCGGACGUAAGAAAGUCGAAGACAUGGAUCGCAACCAUCUAUUUGAUAUUCGCAAGGAGCAUAUGCACGUUCAUACAACCUAUGUGUUGGAGGAUCCCGAUGGUAACAAGAUAUGCGAGGUCAGGAGCAGUCACAAAUUUAUCGGGUCGAAAGCCACUGCCGCCUGUACUGACCGAUACGGCAAGCAAGUGGUCUUGGUAAUGACAGGAAAUUGGAAUGAUCGUGCUGCCCAUAUUGUUAAUGAAAGUACUGGAGAAGCAGUCGCUCGCAUUUCCAGGAAGCGUUUUACCGCCCGUCAUAUUUUCUUUGGCCAGGACACGUAUAAUGUGAUUGUGGCGCCUGGUGUAGAUAUGGCAUUGGUCGCUGGUUUAUGUGUCUGCUUCGAUGAGAAGAACAAUGAUUAG